UAUCGUUCGCCGCGCCUCCUUCCGGUCGCGCACCGGAAGUAGAGCCUCCUCCUUCCGGUCGCCGGGCGUGAGGGAAGGCGCUGCGCGAUGCCGACGGGCGAUUUCGACUCCAAGCCCAGCUGGGCCGACCAGGUGGAAGAAGAGGGUGGAGAGGACGAUAAAUGCAUCACCAGCGAACUCCUGAAGGACAUCCCGCUGCCGGGGGUGCUGGGCGGCAGCCUGAGCGCCGAGGCCGAGCUGCUGAAGGGAGGCCCUCUGCCCUCGCCCAAAGAGCUCAUCAACGGGAACAUCAAAACCAUCACGGAGUAUCGUGAGGAGGAGGACGGGAGGAAGGUGAAGAUCAUCCGCACCUUCCGCAUCGAGACCAGGAAGGCUUCCAAGGCCGUGGCCCGUCGGAAGAACUGGAAGAAAUUUGGCAACUCGGAAUUCGACGCCCCUGGACCCAACGUGGCCACCACCACCGUGAGCGACGAUGUCUUCAUGACCUUCAUCACCAGCAAGGAGGAUUUGAAUUGUCAAGAGGAGGAGGAUCCUAUGAACAAGCUGAAGGGGCAGAAGAUCGUCUCCUGCCGCAUCUGCAAGGGCGACCACUGGACCACCCGCUGUCCCUACAAGGACACGCUGGGGCCGAUGCAGAAGGAGCUGGCGGAACAGUUGGGAUUGUCCACGGGCGAGAAGGAGAAGCUGCCUGGAGAGCCGGAGCCGGUGCAGGCGCAGCAAAGCAAGACCGGCAAAUACGUCCCGCCCAGCCUGCGUGACGGAGCCAGCCGCCGCGGCGAAUCCAUGCAGCCCAACCGCCGGGCCGACGACAAUGCCACCAUCCGUGUCACCAACCUGUCCGAGGACACGCGUGAGACUGAUCUCCAGGAGCUCUUCCGGCCCUUCGGCUCCAUCUCCAGGAUCUACUUGGCCAAGGAUAAGACCACCGGGCAAUCCAAGGGUUUUGCCUUCAUCAGCUUCCACCGCCGCGAGGAUGCUGCCCGGGCCAUCGCCGGCGUCUCCGGAUUUGGCUACGACCACUUGAUCCUCAACGUGGAAUGGGCCAAACCCUCCACCAACUGAACCCGGUGCCGUGCCGGCUCCCGCUGAGAGAGAUCGGCGCUUCUAAAUAAAGACGCGCGAUCCGGUAUGCACCAAAGUGUGGAUUUAAUCCUUCCGUGGGCGCAGAGAAGCGCCGUCCUUCACCCCACGCCCUCCC